AUGAUACUGCUUACUGAAGCACCGAACGUUUCAACGCUCAAACCUGCAAAUCUCAGAUUCGAUAUAACUAUCGGUAUCAUGUACCCUGUACCCAUGGAAGAGAUUGGAAGACCUCCCAUUCUUGUGGCCCAGUCGGCUUUCAAGUUGUCAGCAUUACGGAGCAUACUCAGUUUCGACACAUCUUGGCCUACCCCAUUAACUGUCGGGCGCAUGGUGGUAGAUAACAAAGCCCUGUCCCAGCUUGUCGGCCAUCAAAACGUGUCCAUCCACCCUCCAGACUUCCGUGCUCCACAUGUCCGCAUCCAUAUACCGAAAGGGGCAGAAUCCUUGGCGAAUUCACCUGUCAGUACAGUCUUCAAAAAGAUCCUGACAUGGUACAUCCGACGAACCGCGCCAGCGAAAUACCACGAUAACCUGGUUCCCACCUACCCUCCUGGAUGCAAACGCCUGGUCCUUGAUUCUAACUACCUAGCCGCUUUGCACCAACCCAACGUUGAUCUGAACUGGACCGGAAUCCAGGAAUUCGUCGAGGAUGGCAUUGUUCUCAAGACUGGUGACAUGGUCUUUCUUUCAAGCUCAGCAAUGCGUUGCUUUACCGCUUCGUGUGCUGAUAUCACCGCAUCUUUCGACAACUUGCUGGUGUCCCUCGAGCCCUCAACAACCUCCGGCAAGCCUGACAUAACCACCGAAGUCCAGAAGCAUGGGGCCGUAUGGAUUUUUGGCAUACCCAUGCUUUCAGCUUACCGCGAUAGGAAUCAAGCUAGCGCACCUCUUUGCAAUUUGUGGGAAGAAACGUCGACGGGGGUGUCAGAAAGUGGCGGGUGCGGUGACAGAAGAGAAGACGCUUUCACAUUCUCGCCGGUACUUGAAUGCGUCUGA